AGUGACACACACUGUUACACUGGAUUCUACUUCAACGGGAGUUUUCGCUUUGGCAGGUUUAUAUAUAUCAAAACAGAACAAAGAGAUAGACUCUACUGUGCUAUAAAAGAAGAGAGAGAAAAGAAUAUAGCGAGAGAGAAAUCUCGGCGACCGAAUUACAAAAGAACCAGGACGCUCUUGCUCAUGUUUUCCACAUGCAAUGGGAACAUAAACAGGGACCUUGUGGACGAUUUGCGAAGCUUUUUGUUUCAUGUGAGCCACAAAAGUUUGUUUGGGACCACGCUUUUUUUCUUCCUGCAGUACCGUUGAAUUUUAAUGUCCACAUUUCUAAGCCGCUGACAAACUUUUUGUAAACGGACUGCACAUGGUUUCAAAGGACUUAUGAGAAAGGCUGGGAUUUUACUCGGGAACCCUGUAAAUACGUGCGGAUUGUAAACGCCGUUUUCCAAGUGCUUCUCUCCUUUGUGGCGCCCUCGACACGCGCGCGUCUAUGGUGUUGGCCCCAAACUAAAGCCUCACUUUUAAAGUGUGAAUAAUUCAUGAGUUACAAUUUGUUUGCUCGAAAGGCGAAGUGACUGUAAAAGGGAGGGGGUUAUCAACAAACAUAGUCAUAAGGGUUGACGGAAUGGCCACCGCGGCUUCCAAUCCCUAUCUGCCCACUAAUAGCAUCUUAUCGUCCGGCUCUAUCGCUCACUCCGACCCCGGAGGAGUCAUGCAGCCGGGCAGCGCUGCGGUGACAUCGGGCUCCGGGGGAUACAGGGGAGACCCCUCCGUCAAGAUGGAGCAGAGUAACUUUAUGCAAGGUGCGAUGGCGGCGAGCAAUGGGGGGCACAUGCUGAGCCAUGCGCACCAAUGGGUGACAUCGCUCCCCCACGCCGCUGCCGCGGCAGCAGCCGCCGCUGUGGCUGCUGCAGAAGCCGGCUCCCCCUGGUCGUCGAGUCCCGUCGGGAUGACGGGCAGCCCGCAGCAGCAAGACGUAAAGAACCCCGGCAGGGACGAUCUGCACACGGGCACCGCUCUGCACCACAGGCCGCCCCACUUGGCGCCCCACCACACUCAUGCCGGCGCGUGGGGAAGCACGACGGCGGCGCACAUCAACUCCAUAUCCGGGGGACAGCAGCAGCAGCAGUCGCUAAUCUACUCGCAGCCCGGCAGCUUCACUGUGAACGGGAUGCUGAGUCCAGGCAGCCAGAGCCUGGUGCACCCGGGCUUAGUGAGAGGGGACACCCCUGAUCUGGACCACGGCAGUCACCACCACCACCACCAUCACCAGCAUCCGCAUCACCAGCAUCACAGCGGCGUCAGCAGCCACGACCCGCACUCGGACGACGACACGCCGACCUCCGACGACCUGGAGCAGUUCGCCAAGCAGUUCAAGCAGCGGAGGAUCAAACUGGGCUUCACGCAGGCGGACGUCGGCUUGGCUUUGGGCACCCUGUACGGGAACGUUUUCUCUCAGACCACCAUCUGCAGGUUCGAGGCUCUGCAGCUCAGCUUCAAGAACAUGUGCAAGCUGAAGCCUUUGUUGAACAAAUGGCUGGAGGAGGCCGACUCGUCCACCGGCAGUCCCACCAGCAUCGACAAAAUCGCGGCGCAGGGCAGGAAAAGGAAGAAACGCACUUCCAUCGAAGUGAGCGUCAAGGGGGCUUUGGAGAGCCACUUCCUAAAAUGCCCUAAACCUUCGGCCCAAGAGAUCAGCACGCUGGCGGACAACUUGCAGCUGGAGAAGGAGGUGGUCAGAGUGUGGUUUUGCAAUAGAAGACAGAAGGAGAAGCGGAUGACGCCCCCAGGAGUGGCACAGACGCCGGAGGAUGUGUACUCUCAGGUCGGCAAUGGGCAUUUUUUAGUAGAUUACUUAAAAGAUGCAAGUGAGGCGAGCGACCAGAGGGUGACAACUACAAGUUCAUUCCACCAGAAACAAAGGGGCAAACAUUUUUGUAUAUUGAGAAAUGGCCUCCAAAAACAACAAUAUGAAGAAGAGUGACAGCAACGACGCUUCCAUCUUAAUUUAUUUUUUUUCCCUAAGGUGGACUGUGUUGUUUCUCUGAGGAUUUGUGUUUCUUCUGUCUAAUUGUGUCUCACGGAAAGAACUGGGACAAGAUCUCAAAGAUCAACUGCUUUUCUCUUUCACAUGGGUUUUAUUUUUGUAUUAUUUAAUGGACUAAAACGCGACGAGUGGAUUCUUCUCCCUGCGUGGUUUCCUCCCCUCCCCCCCAAGACUUUUGAAAAAGACUUCUGCUGCACUUAUUUGUGGACAAAAAAAUCUGGAAUUCUGUUGCCAAGUGUGACUGAGUGGGUGCUGUGGAUACUCUAUUAAUGCUGCCCUUUCUAAGCAGUGUACUUUGGUAGGUUUUAAUAAACAAAAACUCUGUUAAGCCGGCAAUAUAGAUCACUAGAUCAGAUACUGAUCGGGAGUAUUUACUUUAUAUUUUUCAUCAGAAUGUUUUUUUUCCCUGGUUUGUUUGUUUUAAUAUUUUAUUCGGAAUGAAUUAUUCCAAAUGGUAAUUUAUUUUCCUCCUUCACGUCCAAGAAGUUGUGUAAGAUGCUUUCGACUAUUCUUCCUUGUUUUGCUGUUUUAAAUUCUGUUUUGCCCUUGAUUUUUUUGUAACAUUAUUUCACAAGGAGCACAAAUCAUCCUGAGCUGACCGUUGUUAGUUAAUAAGGGUAUAUUUUGAUGUGAUUAUUUGAUUGUAAUUUAAUUUAAGUAGUGGUUCGGUACGAGCUGAUUGAGACACAAAUAAAUUUGCUAGAAUGGAAUACGGUCAUGUCGUGUUUUGGUAUUAUGUUCGAUAUUUUUGGCGUGGUUCAUUUAAUAAACGUUCGGAAAUAGGCUAUAUAUCAUGAGAGACUGUGACGGACCGGAAAUGGGUUACUCAUUUUAUGCAGUAAUGUUCACGAGUGGUUGGAAUAGGUCAUUAUUAAUAC